AUGGUAAAAGCCCUUGCCUCGCUGCUCCAACAUCUGCUGCGACUCUCCUUCCGGACUAAGGACUACAUCACCUAUGACCGAGCGUCUCGGAAUCUCUGCGAGAUGCUCGGGGUUCGAUGGGUGGACCCUCCGUCAGUCAAAAUGGAUGAGAAGGCGGAGGAGAAACUUGGAAACGUGGCCAAAAAGGAGAGGGAGGCGAGAGAAGCAAAGGAGGCGAAGGGGCCACAAAGGUGCAAGGCAGAUGAGACGAACGGGGUCAUGGUCGUCACGUGCAAGCAUCGCUUCGUCUACUAUUACCACGUGCUACUUCGCCCCGAGUCUCGGCAUAACAUAUUCACCUUCCUCGUCACUCGCUUUGAGCACCGGCCCCCACCUUUCAUCAUCGACGACAACGCCUGCGAACUUUCUCAAUACUGCAAAGCGUUCUUUGCCGAGACUUCAUUCCUGACGGACCGCUUUCAUGCGGUCAAUCACAAGUGCUUCGACGAGUUCAAGUACAACGUACACUGUCUGAAAGGUCGUGAGGAAUUCCAAGGGCUAGACAACGAAUCCGUAUCCGAGCAGAUCAACAAGCUGAUGAAACGGUUCGACAGGACCGAGCAAAGGUCGACCAUCAACAACGCCAUGUUGGUCUACGACUACUACAUCUACAUGCACAACCUGGACCUUCUGAGGAAGUGGCCAAAGCAACAGGAAGCACAUAUACAGUGGAAGUACUUGAUCCGCGCAAUACCUCUUUGA